UUGAAAUAACUAGCAACAAAACAAUCAAAAGAAAUACAGUCAUUUCAAGUUGAUGAAAUGUUUUAAAGAAAAGCUAUAAAAAAUGGUACUCCAAAAUACAGGAAGAUAUAGAGCUGAUAGGGAAGAUAACAGUAAAAAAGAAGCUGGAACUUCUGGACCCAGGGAAGAAUCAUCCGAGUAUCGCAUUCGUAUAGCCUUGGAAAAUGACAGAAUUGAUUCAAAGUACGGGUUUGACAGAGUACGAGAUUCUAAGGAAAGAACAGGGUAUCUUAUUAAUAUGCACACUGCUGAAAUUCUCGAUGAAGACAAAAGACUAGUAGCAGCAAUGGAUUACUACUUUAUAGAAAUGGAUGGCACUCGAUUUAAAGUAUCUCUCAUGUUUCAACCAUACUUCUUGAUAAUGGCUCGCCUUGAGUGCGAGCAAGAGGUCAUACAGUAUUUGUCUAAAAAAUUUGCUGGUACAAUUCAUAAAAUUGAUGUAAUCGAGAAGGAGGACCUUGAUUUGCUAAAUCAUCUAUCAGGUCUGAAACAGAGAUUCAUUAAGCUUUCAUUCAUGUCACAAAAUGAGAUGAUGAAAGUUCGAAAGGAGAUCCUCACAGCUGUGAACAAAAACAAGGAGAGGGAGAAAAAAGAUGCGAUCUACGCUGAAAUGUUAACUAAUGCGUUGACUAGCGCUGCAGCCAUAGAGCAUGCAAAGAAAACCACUGACCACAUGGAGAAUAUAUUAGAUAUCAGAGAGCAUGAUGUGCCAUUUCAUGUCAGAGUAUCUAUAGACAUGAAAAUAUUCUGUGGCACUUGGUACACAAUAAAGAGUCGUGGGACAGAGACGCCUAUAUUCACGAAACGGGAUGACAUCAUUGAGCGACCCGACCCAAUCGUGUUGGCUUUUGACAUAGAGACAACUAAGCUACCUCUGAAGUUCCCUGAUUCCCAGACUGACCAGAUUAUGAUGAUUUCAUACAUGAUUGAUGGUCAGGGGUACCUGAUCACAAAUAGGGAAAUCAUAGCUGUUGAUGUUGAGGAUUUCGAAUAUACGCCGAAGCCAGAAUUUGAAGGGCAAUUUAUUGUAUUCAACGAAGCUAAUGAGCUGGCUCUAAUACAGAAGUUUUUUGAUCACAUUAUGGAUGUGAAGCCGCAUAUUUUUGUUACUUAUAACGGCGACUUCUUCGACUGGCCUUUUGUAGAGGCGCGCGCCGCCAUAUUGGGCUUGGACAUGAAGCAGGAGAUAGGGUUCAGUAAAGUGCCGGCCAGGGACAACACUUACGCCUGUCGCCCAGCUAUGCACAUGGACUGCUUGUGCUGGGUAAAAAGAGAUUCAUACCUGCCCGUCGGAUCGCAAGGUCUGAAAGCGGUGGCCAAGGCGAAGUUGCGCUACGACCCUGUUGAGUUGGACCCCGAAGACAUGUGCAGAAUGGCUGCUGAACAACCACAGGUGUUGUCCAACUACUCUGUGUCCGACGCUGUCGCCACUUACUACUUGUACAUGAAAUACGUACAUCCGUUCAUAUUUGCUCUGUGCACCAUCAUUCCCUUGGAGCCAGACGAGGUGCUGCGCAAAGGUUCCGGCACACUAUGCGAGUCUCUCCUCAUGGUGGAAGCUUUCCAUGCAAACAUAAUCUUUCCGAACAAGCAACAGGAGGAGUUGAACAAAUUGACAGCAGACGGUCAUGUGUUGGAGACCGAGACUUAUGUCGGGGGUCACGUGGAGGCACUGGAGUCUGGUGUGUUCCGUGCCGACAUCAAAUGCAAGUUCAAAAUCGUGCCGUCAGCUGUUCAAAUGUUAAUGGACAACAUUGAGAAGACAAUGAAACACGCCAUUGAAGUGGAAGAGGGUGUUCCAUUGGAUAUGGUGACCAAUUUUGAUGAAGUCUGCGGGGAAAUCAAGGCGAAAUUACAGCAUAUGAAAGACCACCCUAGGAGAGAUGAGAACCCAUUGAUCUACCAUUUGGAUGUGGGUGCUAUGUACCCAAAUAUAAUUUUGACUAACAGAUUACAGCCAUCAGCAAUGGUGAACACUAGUAUAUGCGCGGUAUGUGACUACAACAAGCCGGGGGCGACAUGUCAACGGCACAUGGAGUGGAUGUGGCGGGGAGAUUAUUUGCCGGCCACCCGCAGCGAGUACCAGCGUAUCCAACAACAGCUCGAAAUGGAGAAAUUCCCGCCGUUACACCCCGGGGGACCGCCGAGGGCUUUCCACGCUUUACCUAAAGAAGAUCAGGCUGCUUACGAAAAGAAACGUCUAGCAGACUACUGCAAGGUGGCGUACAAGAAAACGAAGGUGACAAAGACUGAAGUGCGCACGACCACCAUUUGCCAAAAAGAGAACUCAUUUUACGUAGACACUGUCAGAGCUUUCAGGGACCGCCGCUACGAAUAUAAAGCUUUGAACAAGCAAGCGAAGGCCAAAGUUUCAGAGGCUGUAGCUAGCGGCGACGCGGCCGAAAUCAAGAUAGCCAAAAGCAGAGAAGUGUUAUACGACUCUCUACAGUUGGCACACAAAUGUAUUCUCAAUUCGUUCUACGGCUAUGUAAUGAGAAGGGGCGCUCGCUGGCACAGCAUGGAGAUGGCGGGCAUCGUGUGCUACACGGGCGCCAACAUCAUCAUGAGGGCUCGCGAGAUCAUCGAGCAAGUUGGCCGGCCGCUCGAGCUGGAUACAGACGGUAUCUGGUGCGUAUUGCCAUCUUCGUUCCCCGAGAAUGUCACCGUCCACACGACGCACGCUAAAAAGAAGAAAAUCAACGUUUCGUUCCCCAACGCCGUUCUCAACUCUAUGGUCAAGGAUCAUUUCACAAACGACCAAUACUUCGAACUAGUAGACCCUGAAACCAAAAAGUACGAGCAGCGUUCAGAAAAUUCGAUCUUCUUCGAAGUGGACGGCCCUUAUCUAGCGAUGGUACUGCCGGCUUCUAAAGAAGAAGGAAAGAGAUUGAAGAAAAGAUAUGCCGUGUUCAAUUUUGACGGAUCGCUGGCGGAGUUGAAAGGAUUCGAAGUGAAACGCCGAGGGGAACUUCAACUGAUCAAGAUUUUCCAGUCAUCAGUUUUCGAAGCGUUUCUAAAGGGAAAUGAUCUCAAAUCGUGUUAUGCAGCUGUCGCCAAAGUUGCUGAUUAUUGGCUCGAUGUAUUGUAUAGCAAAGGUUCCAACAUGCCGGAUUCCGAGCUAUUCGAGUUGAUAUCAGAAAACCGGUCGAUGUCCAAGAAAUUAGAAGAUUAUGGCGGACAGAAGUCUACCUCUAUAUCUACCGCUAAACGACUGGCAGAGUUCCUCGGGGAUCAGAUGGUGAAAGACGCUGGGUUGGCUUGCAGAUUCAUAAUAUCGCGCAAACCCGAAGGCGCUCCAGUCACAGAACGGGCCAUUCCCCUCGCCAUCUUCCAAUCACCGGCCGCCGUCAAACGACACCACCUUAGAAGGUGGCUCAAAGACAGCAGUAUAACAGAACAUAUAGAUAUACGGGACGUUUUGGACUGGCCGUAUUACAUCGAGAGGCUCAGCGGAGCCAUACAGAAGAUUAUCACUAUACCCGCUGCCAUGCAAGGGCUUGACAAUCCAGUCCCACGCGUACAAUAUCCUGAUUGGCUUCACAAGAAGAUGCUGGCCAAAUCUGACAAGUUCAAAACGAGGAAAAUAACGGAGAUGUUCUCCGCCAAGCCCAAAGAGUUGAAGGAGAACGAUGAUGAGGAGGCUUCGGGAAGCCAUGAGGAUUCUACUGCCAGUGUGGAAACCGAGCUAGACAUGGAGGACAUCGGCAGCGAGCCGCGCGCGGCGCCCGCGCGGCCGCUGGUGCGCACGGUGAAGAGGAAGCGGGAGGCGUCCCCGCCGCGCUGCUGGCGGGCCGCGCUGGGGGCUCCGCCGGCCUUCGGGAGCUCCAAGGAGGAGCGAAGGCAGUGGAUAUUAUUUCAAAAGAAGAAAUGGUUGUGGCAAAUGGAGCAACGUGGAUAUCGAAAUCGCAGCAAGAGAGGCAAAAUAACGGACUCUGAAGCAAUGCCGCCACCCAGGAACUUCGGUACUUCCAACACGCUCGGCGGAUUCAUUCGCAAAGCCCAGCGGACUCUGCUUAAUACACCGUGGCAGAUCAUACAGGUAUCGGAAACAUCAGAACCCGGUCUAUUCCGUCUCUGGGCGUUAGUCGGAUCAGAACUCCACCAGAUCAAACUGACAGUACCUCGCAUAUUCUACGUGAACCAGCGCGUCUGCCGCCCGACAGACAGCGGGCAGUACUGGAGGAAAUGUAACCGGAUUUUGCCCAGGGCACACCCGGUGCAUAACUUGUACCAAUAUUCUGUGCCCGAACAGCUGUACCGGGAGCAUCAAGAGGAACUAAUGGGCGAACUGUCCACUCCAGAAAUCGAGGGUAUAUACGAAACUCAGAUGAGCUUGGAGUUCAGAGUGCUUGUGCAACUCGGCUGCAUUUGUGUUGUUGACCCCGCUGAAGCUAGAAGAUUAAUCCAAUUGGGUUCAAAUAAUAUGGAACAGUUUACACUCAGUCAACUACAGUUCAAGAGUGUCGCGCAUCAACCGUAUAUACAAAACCAGGACGGUGUCUCCCCAAUCAAACACAUAUACCUCUAUCACCAUACGGCCCCCAACUCGCCCCGUACUAUGUGGGCUUUAGUUCUUGGCCCCGUUAAGAGAGCGUACGUGUACGUACUCGACUCUGUGAAGACCAAUCAGAUGCCAAAUAUGAACACGCUUUAUGCUACCGAGAGGACUGCUAAAAUAAACCUCGGCACGGAAGAGAGCGCGUUACCCAGCGCAGACCUGACAUGGGAAGUGUCCAUCGAGACUGAUCCCCGUGUCGUCUACCGCGGCUUACAGCGCGCUCUGCAGAGAUACCGCGACGAGCGCUGCGGGCCCACGCUGGUGGCGCUACAGUCGCCGCUCACCGCGCUACAGCUGCAAGCUCUCAUGCCUGCGGUGGCGGAGUUCCCGCUGGCGGCGCUGCACGUGCGCGACGCGGAGCGGCUGUACGGCGCGCUGCAGUGGCAGCGGGCGGGCGCGCGCGCGCUCGUGCGGCACGCGCUGGCCGUGCCCGCCGCGCUGCAGCUCUCUCUGCGCCAGUGCAGAUACUUCCACGUGCCCCUGGGGAACAUGCCCGCAGAUCCUACUAUAUUCGGAGCGGAUCUGUUCUUCGCGAGACACCUCAUCAAACACAACUUCGUCCUGUGGUGCUCCAACCUGGAGAGACCCGACUUGGGAGGCAGGGAGAUUGAUGACAACAGGCUGGUUAGUGAAGUGGAGGAGAUGUCGACGUGCGCGCACAACGCCAGCGGCGCGUACGCGGGCGCGUGCGUGGAGCUGGACGGCGACGCGCUGGCCGUGUGCGCCGCGCUGCAGGCGCCUCUCAUCCUGCAGCUGGAGGGCACCAGUCUGGCGACCGCUUUUGGCGCCAACACCACUUCUAUACAGGACGUCAUGGCCAAUACUGGAUCAAACGCGACGAUGAACUACGACGAAACAGCGCAAUGCAGCGCGGCGUUCAAAAUCCUGCGCACGAUGAUCGCGUCAUGGCUGCGUGACGUCACGCAGUUCAAGAACGUCUUCGCCGACUUCCAAAUAUCACAUUUGUACAGGUGGUUGAAAACGCCCACAUCUCUUCUCUACGACCCUGCGUUACGUCGCACACUCUACAACCUGAUGAAGAAGUUGUUCCUGAUGCUGGUUGCCGAGUUCAGAAGACUAGGAUCAUUCAUCGUAUACGCGGAUUUCAAUAAAAUACUACUCUACACUAAGAAGAAUUCUGUUGCGGAUGGGAUUGGUUACGUAGAGUUCGUAGUGCAAAGUAUACGCAACAAAGAGGUGUUCCACGGGAUCGACAUCCGAUACAAGCAGUGCUGGUCCUACCUGCUGUGGCUGGACGAAGCUAACCACGCGGGCAUACAGGGAAAAUUACCGUCGGGAUUAGUGGAAGUUGGUUCGUCGCAGAUACCGGCCGCUGAAGAAGGCGAGGAAGAGGAAGGCGCAAUCACCAUGCAAUGGAACCUCGCCGAAUUCCUGCCGGUCUACGUCCGGGAGCCGCUGCUGUCCUGUAUAGCCGGCCUGCUGUCCGCCGCGCACGCGCAGCCGGACAAGCUGCCGGCGCUCCUCUCUGGAGAGAUCUCACAGAAACUGUUCCGCAUAGUAGAGAAAAUAAACAGCCGUCACCCGGAGCUGAAGCCCGGCGACAUCCCCGCGGCGCCCGGGCUCCGCGCCGACGCCGUGAGCCAGGGCUCCACCCCCGCGCUGCUGCUCGUCAACGCCGUCUGCAAGCUGUUCGCGCUGCAUGCCGACAUUGAGAAUGAGGUGACGCUGCUCCGCCGGAACUUGCUCCGUCUAAUCGGCGUGGGCGAGUUCAGCAGCCUCGCGGAAUGGCGGUCCCCGUGCACCAGCUGCGUCCUCAGCGAGCUCAUCUGCAAGGUGUGCAACCACUGCCGCGACCUCGACCUGUGUCGCGACCCGCACCGGGAACUGCGCGGCGUGCCAGUGUGUGUCUGUCCAACAUGCGACACACCAUACGACAAUCAGGAGUUAGAAUGGAGACUGAUUGAGAUCAUGAACCGGCGCGCGAUGACCUACACGCUACAGGACCUCAUCUGCAGCAGGUGCCAUCAGGUAAAACGCGAGAACCUGUCAACAGUAUGCGACUGCGCCGGAGACUUUGCCCUGAUGGUGCCUGUCAAGGACAUCCGCACUCAACUCGACACUUUCAAAACUAUCGCAGAAUAUUACAAGAUGCCGCUUCUAUUAGAACUGAUAGAAUUCAAUCUGAACAAUAUGUGAUAAAUUAUGUUUUUAUUAG